GAUUAUCACAGAGACGCAAAGCGAAGUUGUAAUGGAGGGAACAAGGGAGACUCGCAAUGGAGGAUUAAGGAGAGGCAGCAAGCUUAAGAAGAGGACUCUGAGGAGGAUGAAAGCCAAAGCUGUUGUUGCCAAGUUGGAGACAAUCCGCGUGAGAGAGGAAACGGCGGGAAUGGUUACUGCAAUGGGGGACCUCAAACUCGAGAUCGAUCUGUUGAAGCUAGCGCUCGGCCAGCAUUCUGAAGACAUGCUUCUUAUCUCAGAAGCAGUGAACACUGUUACCCAGAUUAUACUUCAGCUUUAAUUAGCUAUGGAUACAAAAAGACCAGCUAUUUUGCUUUGAUGUUCUGUUGUGUCAGGGAUCUAAUCCUCCAUGACUAAGUCCUAGGUUUGGUGUUAUUUUAUUAAUAAACAAGUCGGUUGUGUCCCUUUACUUACGCACUUUAUGUAACGUUUGGUUUUAGGUGGUCUUGUUCUUGAGCUUCCUAUUAGGCUAGAGAGGAGGUCAGGGCCCCCAUUCUAGUAGAG